GGACGCGGAGAGUUUUUUUUUCCUCAGUGCCUCUGAGUUCCUGUUGGGAGGAAGAGAUGUUUCACGGAUUAUAUAGGGUAUAAAGUUAAAUGUGGUUUUCCGGAAGCUCCCAGGACGCCCCCGGGGACAGGAGAAACACACCUCGGGUGGAGUUUAUACGUGUACUACUGCGAAUGUGUGUGGUUUUUUUGUUUUUUGUUUUUAAUCCGGGAAAAGGCUGUUAAAGGAGUUUCCGGGAGGCCUGCGUUACAGACGUAAAGCAGGCAGUCCAAUCAUGGCUCCAGCAUACAAAAUUGUCACAAGACAUAACAUCAAAACUAUUUAGGUAAGCUGAUAUAGGAACAAGAAGGAAAGAAGUCCCAAAAGAAGAUUAAGAGACUUUCAAGAAAGUAAGAAAGCUUAAAAGGUGGACUACCACAAGAAAAGAUGAGAUCACUGAAGAAACAGAGAGGACGCUCUCCUCUGGCCACACGGGCAAAGAGUGGAAGGAAGCGAGGAGAUAAACAUGACAGACAAUCACAAACUACACCUGCUGCAGUGUCAUCCCAGAAAAAUACUACAUCCAACAACAAGUUGGACAGCUCUGAAGGAAAGACAGUCAAGAAGAACAAUACUCCAAACAAGGAAGGGCUAAAAGGACAGAUAAAAGGGCUGUCUGUGGAAGUAGAUCAAGCUGAGCAAAUUGUUGUGAGGGUCAAUAAAAUGACUACUCCUGAAAACACUAGCUCAAAAACGCAUACCAUUACCAUGGCAAACAGUAUAACCAGCAACUCACUGAGCACAAACACAGCAGCAAACAGCUCAAACAAAAGCAGCUCUGUCAUUACCAAUCAUAAUCCCAUCACACUCUCCAGUAGAAAAACAGCUACCUUUAAAGCCAGAGUGCCCAAGAAAAAGUAUAUGUAUGAACAUGGGACCUCUCCAAUCACCUCUCCAAUCAAUCCUCCUGUAUCUUCACUUGCACUUAAUAACAAUCACCUUAGUAAACUUUGUAAUCCCAUUACUCCUAAUAGCCACACUGUUGCCAAUAAUGUUGUAGCAGAGGCUGACAGUAUUAUAUCUGCUAACACGAAUAGCAAAGUUUUAGCAGACAAUAGAACAAGCACAGAAGCCUCAAAACUCAAUUUUGUGGGUGAGGGAAAGGUUGUCAAAGAUGAAGUUCCAUGUGUGAGAAAAAGCAAGGUGCAACAAGAAGAAACAGAUGCAUUUAGAGAGGUUGCCCCACACUCAACUUGCUCAUCAUUCACAGAAACAGCCAGUGAGAACUCUCCAGAACUGAAGGUGGUGGAGCCGUCUGAUGGGCACCAAAAUUUAGGGACCACCUUAAAUAUAUCAAAAAGCUCACUAACCAGAGCACUAUCCCUGCAUCCACUUGUUACCCCAAACAACCAUCAACUUGAGCAAGAAAGCUUUUCAGAAAUUGCUGAGGCACUGGCUAAAGGUCUCAAGAAUCAGAGGGUGCUAGCACGUCAUCAGAGAACAAAGGAGGUAGAAGGAGAAGAGCCAAUUAAAGAAUGUGUGUUUAUCCGUGGUGUUGUGCGUGGAGCUACCAAAGAGCAGCUCAGUGUAGGAUUGCAAAUUAAUGGGGAGGAAAUGCAACUUUUGCUUCCGUUUAAUACAUUGGUAAACCACCCAGACCAAACAAUUGACCUCAUCUUAGAUGCCCCUCCACCAGGUGAUGAUCCAGUGGAAGUUGGGACACGUGUUUGUGUACCUUACGGAGAAGAUAAAGGGAAGGAAUGGUAUAGGGAAGGAGUGGUGUCACAGGUGGACUCCCAUCCAGCCGUUGCUUGUCCCUACAGAGUGCUGCUGCAGGAAGAGAAUAAUCCCAGGAAAGCAGGGAUCAAACAAGAUGAGGGACAACAGAGAACUGGCAUUCAGGCUGUCUGGGUCUCCCGACAGAACCUGCGCCUUCUUGUCCCACCAUGGGAAGGAGAUGUGCAAGAGAGAGAAGAAAGAGAAAGAAGGGAAGAUUUGGAUGUAGAGAGAGAAAUGUGUCAGCUUAGUAGAGGAAUGACUUUGGGAGGUACAAAACCACCUCAGAAAAUUUUUGAUAUGGGUGGUCAACAGUAUGAGGGCACACAUACUUCUUCAUCUGCAUCCUCACCAGCAAUUAUGUUGCCAAACAGUGCACUAAUCGUAUUGACCGGACGAGACAAUCAGGUUGCUGAGGACACAGACAGAGAAAGAGCAAGACAACGAGAGAAAGAAAGAAAGCAAUUACAGACUCCAGAGGUUGACUUGGAAAUUUUAAGGCUUAACCUGGCCCCUCUUCAAGAUGCAGUUGGUAAUUUGGUUUCUGGAGUGCCCAAAACAGUUAGAUCCAACCACCACAGACAAAUAAUUUCUAAGCCUUCUGGAUACUCCAGUCCCGUCUCUGUUGUCCGAGGUCUUGCUGGCACAUCCCAUUUGACUGGUCAACCAUCAGGCAGCCCUCUUGCUUCAUCAGUUUUUGCUGGCUCUGAUGGAAUUCCUUUGCAAGGCCACUCUUCAACCGUGCCCCCCUCACCUAGCUCAAAAUGUUCCCUUACACCCUUGGACAAAACCUCCACUCCUUCACAGACUUCUGCUUCUAUUCCAGGUAGUUCUGCGUCAUCCUCAGCUUCUUCCUCACGAUCACGAACUCCACUCUCUGCUGCUCAGCAAAUAUAUAAAAAGGGUGAUGUGGUGUGCACACCCAAUGGUAUCCGCAAGAAAUUUAAUGGAAAGCAGUGGCGUCGCUUGUGUUCAAAGGAUAGUUGCAUGAAAGAGUCUCAGCGUAGGGGCUACUGCUCGAGACAUCUCUCCAUGCGCACUAAAGAGAUUGAAGGAACAGGUGGAGAGAGGGAGCUAAAGAGAGGAGGAGGAAGCAGUUCAGGAACAGCAACCCCUUCAGACUUGCGAGGCCGGGCUAGCAGUGAGUUUGACUGGGAGGAGACAUCCCGGGACAGUAGUGAGACCAGCAGUCGGGGAACUGACUCACGACCACGCCUUGUUCUUCCAUCACUUCUGCCACAGGAUUUUUCCCGCUUUGACUUUGAUGAAUGUGAGGCUGCUACUAUGCUUGUGUCUCUAGGGAGCUCACGGUCAGGGACACCCUCAUUUUCCCCUAUAUCAAACCAGUCACCUUUCUCUCCAGCUCCAUCUCCCUCUCCUUCUCCACUUUUUGGUUUCCGUCCUGCCAAUUUUAGUCCUAUUACAACUUUAACUGUGUUACCACCUCGUCGCCACCGACAUACAAGUGGUACUAGCAGCUCCAAGCUUAGUACCUUAGUGGCAGAGAAGGAUCGGGAGAGACUUUCAUCUGGAAUUGUCCCAUCCUUUCAAACCAGCUUAACCUUUACUGUACCUGUAAGUCCUAACAAGCAUAAAGAUACCUCACAGCCCACAACUCUUGUUAUGCAGGAUUGCACAAAACUUGAACUGGACCAGAGCACAGGAGAUCUCUCAGUGGGAACUUCCUUUCAUGUAAUUUCUCCUCAGACAACCACUUUUUCUCACUGCAAAAGGCCCACCUCAUCUACAGCUUCUUCAUUACCACCUUCUCCUUUAACCUUAGAAUCAGGGUUACAACGUGUAGUCCCUCAGCAGACACUGCGUGACUCUCCUGUGAUUGUACGAAAUCCUGAGGUUCCUUUGGCUAAAUUUACUGAAUGUCCACUGGUGAAGGUUGCAGAUAAGGAUGGAACAAACUCCAAGCAUGAAAGUGUGACUAGUGUUCUACCUGGUACAGGAUUACAAAUGCCUGUUCCAAUUAAUGCUGCAGCCUCCACCAAUGGGGCAGUCUUAUUACAUAGCCCUUCAUCAACACUGGUUCUCGUGUCUUCCAUCGCCUCCCUUCCAAACCCCAACCCUACCAGCCUCACCACUCAAUCCAGCCCUGCCUUGGCAUGCAUUUCAGUGCCUAGUCCUGCCCCUGAUUCUGCAUCCUUUGGUUCAGGUGGAGGAGAUCAAGGGAAAGGUGGAAUAACAAAAUUACAGCAGCCAGUUCCGUGUCACCCUGCCCCGACUGCUUUGUUGCCACUUUUACUUCCUGCAGAGACUUUGCACCCUGUGCCAUGCAAGGACAUCAUUAUGGGACGACCAGGAACUGUGUGGACUAACGUGGAGCCUCGCUCGGUUCCAGUGUUUCCUUGGCAUUCGUUGGUGCCGUUCCUGGCACCCACCCAAUCAGAUCCAUCGACUCAGCCCAGCGAGGGCCAGCAGCCUGUCAAUCAUUCUCAAGCUGGCACUCUUAAGAAAGAGUCCCAGGGCGGUGUGGCGGUAAAGGAGGUCGUCGAGGGAGCAUCGAAUCCUACUUUACGACCUGCUCCCUCUAUCGAUGACCUCCCGCCAGAGAGGGAGAGGGAGACGGAGAAAGAGAGGCCAGACAGUGAAACGGAGAGCGACGUCGAUGAUCCGUUUCUACCAGGUGUCCUCCCAGACCCGCCAGUCUCAGCAUCCCCUGGGAAACGCCGUUCCCAGUCUCUGAGUGCGCUGCCCAAAGAUGACAAAAACAGCCCUGGCAAGAGGGAGAAGGAUCACAUCCGGCGACCCAUGAACGCCUUCAUGAUCUUCAGCAAGCGUCACCGCGCUCUCGUUCACCAGCGGCACCCUAAUCAGGACAACCGCACCGUUAGCAAGAUCCUGGGAGAGUGGUGGUACGCUUUGGGACCCAAAGAAAAACAGAAAUAUCACGACCUUGCAUUCCAGGUGAAGGAAGCGCACUUUAAGGCCCACCCCGACUGGAAGUGGUGUAAUAAGGACAGGAAGAAGUCGAGCAGCGAGAGCCGUAAUGCACCAGGUGGAAAGGAUGUCAGGGAGAGAAGCAUGUCGGAGACAACAGAGCCUCCAUCUGUUUCCAUGAGUGCUGAGCUGAAGGGGAUGGGGCCGGGGGUGAUAGGCGUGUCGGACCGUGCCGGAGGGGAGAGGCUGGCACGACCUCGUGCAUUCUCACAGAGCGCUAUGCACAGCUUAGAGAGAAGUGACAGAGGCAACCCACAGGUGCUAGCAGAGCUUGCACAGAUAUGUGGGGAUGGAGGCCAGUUUUCCGGCCGUGGUGGGGGAGCACUGUCUCAGAUCCCGAGAGGUGUAAGUGAAGAUAUGACCAGCGAUGAGGAACGCAUGGUCAUCUGCGAAGAGGAGGGGGAUGAUGAUGUCAUUGAGGACCCUUAUCCAGGCAGCUCCAUAGACCUGAAGUGUAAAGAGAAAGUGACAGACAGCGACAGUGAAAAUGGAUCUGGGGACGAAGGUGAACGCAAGAGAGUCUUUGCCCCCGUGAUCUGCUCGUCAGGUCCCGGUCAUGGGCGGAGCGUCUCUCUCUCCUCUUAUCCUUCCUCCAGACACUCCUCAGACACUUCCAUGAAGAGGAAGCGUGUGAUAGAGGGAGGAGAGGGAGAGCGGCGGGAUGCCGAAGGCGGUGCCUGUCUUCCCCUGUCUUCCUCUGGCCAGUCCAAUCCAGUCAGCGCAUCCUCAACAUCAGGAGCCGUCAGAGUAGCAUCCACUAUCGUCACUAACGUGGUACGACCCGUCGUCAGCACGCCAGUGCCGAUCGCCAGCAAGUCGGCGCAAGACAGAAAAGCCGCCAUCACUCCUCAGGCACAGCUCCUUAUCGGAUCUGGAGUGGCAGGAUCCGGGGCAACGUUGGCACCGUCAGGAGGCGGCGGAUAUUAUUCCUCGCCUUCGCUCAGUCCUGUCACCGCACCUGGAGGUCAAGGGGGACUGAACCUAGUCUUGGGAGGCACAUUCCAGGCACCAUCUGCAGUGCAGCUUAUCACGCCCACUCCUUCUCAAAAUCCAGCAUCCCCCGCUGCCGUUGCUCCCACACAGAGUAACGGUCCCGCACCUCUGUCGUUGCUGCAGCCUCACAUCCUGCCUACUGCCUCGCCCGCACCCUCUGCAGGACAAAAAGCGGUAACACAAGUGCAGUACAUCCUGCCAACACUCUCUGCCAACAACCCCAAAAGCCCCUCCCCUCAGCAGCCCAGCCAACCUACCAGUAUCUUCACCCUGCCUACAGCUCCACCUACACUUGCUUCUGUGGCCAAUGGGAAGCCGUCAGGGUAUACUUCUAGCCCUGCAGUAGGCGUGGUCAGUCCUGGAGCUAGAGUGCAAACACAGUCCCCAGUCUUACAGGGCAAGAUGCUGGUUCCCAUGGCAACUGUGCGGACCACUCCUGCCCCUUCCCAGCAGUUUCCCCUGAUGGCUCCGCCUCUUCCUGUGCAGAACGGAGCUCAGUCAGGAAACAAGAUUAUCCAGAUUGCCCCCAUGCCUGUCGUGCAGUCGCCGCUUCCUUCAGCAGGGAGUCCGUUCCCGGUAACCAUGGCAGCAGCCACAGUGGUUGCCCCCCCAGGCUCUACCCCCUCACAAGCUGUGCUGCUGCCUCCCCCACCCACGAGGAUCACUUAUGUCCAGUCCACUCCAGGAGGCCGCUCCCCUAUCCCACUUGUAUCCACUGCAACAGGCUCCACCUCCCAAACAGGCCCGCCGACGCCCGGAUCAGCUUAUGUGCCGUCUCCUUUGGCCACUUUUGCGGCGAUCGCUCACCCGGGACAGACUUUAGUGCAGCCGAUUAUCGCUGGACAGCCUCCGUUGUUGGCAGCACCCCAGUCUCCCAACCCGGCUAUCACAGCCAUCUACCCCUCCUCACCCGUCACCCUGGCGACAGGGGUGGUGUCCGCAGCAACGGUGCCACCCGGCGUGGUUUAUACAGUGUCGAGCCCUUCCAUCCUUCCCAAACACACCUCCACCACUUCCGUGACACCCACCACCCUGCCGGCUCCUGAGAGACCGAGUCACGGUCCUGCACACGCCGAGCUGGACAGACAGACGGACAAACUGCCUCUAUCUCUUACCGACAGACACACAAAAGUUGGUAGCAGCUCAACUGCUCCACCGUCUGGUGCCACGUUGCCACUACAGCCUGCCAGUCCAGCUCAGCCAUCCCUCGCAGCUGCCAUUACCAAACUUCCCCCGGUCCCCACUAGGCCUCCGCAGAAGGUCAAGGCCACCGUGGCCAACAUCCCUGUUGGCUGCUACGACGGUGGAGGGAGAGGAAAAGAGAGAGAGAAAGACAGGGAGAAAGAGAAAGACAAAGAGAGGGAACGCGACAAGGAGAAAGAGAGCAGCAGCUGUUUCUCUUUCGAGGUGGAUAAAUCAGGAGAAGCGACUCCUGCUGCUCCCACAUCAUUAGACGACGGCUCGUCGGAAGCCGAAGCACAGAGCGUCACCGAAGCGGGUUCCACAAGCACACGCAGCAAAGACACCAGUGCUAAAGAGGGUGAAUGGAAAGACUCCGCAUGUUCUUCUCCGUUACCUCCAUCAGCAUCAGAGCCCGCUCCGCCCCUUCCACAGUCGGAUAAAGAGACUCCUCUUCCUAAAAAGCUUAAGUCCCGCCCCCCACCGCUAAAGCGCCCAUUCGACUCUGUUGACAAAGUGCUGUCAGAGGUGUACUUUGAGGAGCGGUUUGCUGAGCUGCCAGAGUUUCGUCCAGAGGAGGUGCUUCCGUCACCGACUUUGCAGAGCCUAGCCACCUCUCCACGCGCCAUUCUGGGCAGCUACCGCAGGAAGAGGAAGAACUCAACUGGUGAGAGAGAUUUAGACUCCUCCACCGAUGAUCCUAUCUCCCCAAAGAGGAAGAGCCGGCGCAGGUCUAGCUGCAGCUCCGAACCGAACACACCCAAAAGCGCUGCCAAGUGCGAGGGAGAGAUAUUUACCUUCGACAGGCCAGGUACAGAUGGGGAGGACAUACUGGGGGAGCUGGAGUUCGAGAAGGUGCCAUACUCCUCUCUGAGAAGAACUUUGGAUCAGAGGAGAGCUCUGGUCAUGCAGCUAUUUCAGGAGAAUGGCUUCUUCCCUUCAGCCCAGGCCACUGCUGCAUUCCAGGCACGAUACGCCGAUAUCUUCCCAACCAAAGUGUGUUUGCAGCUGAAAAUCCGCGAAGUUCGCCAAAAGAUCAUGCAGACAGCCGCCCCUACCGAAUGCCCAGGGUCUUCUGAUUCUCUCUGUUUACCGGGUCCGUCCGGGCCCGCGGGCAACGAAGGAGGAGGCGGGUCCGAGUCUGCAGAAAAGGAGGCGGAGCGAGACGAUGAGCUGAGCAACCCCGAGGAGCCCAGGAACGCUGGCGAUUCACUGGACUCCACCAGAUGAGUUGAAUGGACAAAGUUAAAAGGAACAACUGACGCUGAUGACCAGAUCCCUCUUCCUGCAUCUACAGAAGACACACGUGUAUUGCUCUUCUCGGUAGAGUGCGAGUGUGUGGAACGGCUGUUCAGAGGGAGAAGUCCCAAAACAAACUUUUUUUUUUCCAGCUGAAUUCUAUAGUAUUUCAUGUUUAAAAAGACUUUUAAUUACAAAAAGACUCAAGAAUAGGUCACAUUUUCUCAUUAACACACAUACACACACACACACACACACACACACACCACUUCUCAUUGUCUUAAAUAUCCACACUUGAACUUGAAGCAUUAUUUUACUUGCGAAGGCUUCCUUUGGACUCUUUGAGACUUGAAGAUCACAGGAUUGUCCUGUGAACAGUGAAGGCGACCCUGUUACUUAAGGGCAGGACUUAAGAGGGCAUCUGAUUCCUUUACAGACUAAAGUGAUUUCUUUUUUUUGUGCUUUUUUUUUUAAACAUGUGACACAUAUGGAAGUAUGAGACGGGCACAGCUGAUUUUGUCAUAGGCUCAUGGUUUACUGCCAGUUGUUGUGAGGCCGGCCUCCACUGGCUACGUUUUAGAGAUGAUGAAGACUUAACGGACUCGUAUAUUUUGAUAUUUACUUCCUUUUUAUCCCCUUUUUCCAUUGUGUUUCACUUUUAAAAGGCUUUUUAUCAGCGAGCAUUGUCAAGGCACUGAAUAACCUCAGCGAGGGACUAGCUUAGCUUUUUCACAACAUCCUUCUUCCAAUGAUUGGCAGUUGUAGAUGCCGGUCACGGCCUUAGCAACAGAUUGGCCAGCCAUGAAGGAAGACCUGACUAGAAGGGAAGUCAGUGGGCACAUUAUGAACAUUGAUUGGACACGUUUGUUUUCCUUUUUUUUCCAUAUAUAUUGAGAAAACAUAUUUAAUAUUUUUUUUAUUUCCAUGCCAUUUUAUUCAAGUUAAUAUGAGAUGAUGAUAAAGGAGGAAUACAUUUUAGGAAUUUACUAUAAGACACGUCAUAACUUUUUUGAAAAAAAAAAACAAGUAAACUUGACUUUUAAUUUAUCUCAUAAAUCUACAGGUCAAUAUGUUAUUGAAUUUUCUCAUAACUGUUUUUAUCGAUACUGUUCUCGUGCAUCUGAUCCGUAUAACCGACAUACUGCACCUUUUUUUUGGUCUCGAGGAUGGAAGGAUGAGAGGACAGGAGUCAAAUGAAACUCCACUCUUAGCCUCAAAAAAAGAUUUUCACUUCCACUGCGACAUUUCAGCUUUUCCUUUUUAUUAACCUUUAUCUUGAACAACACAGAGAUGUGAUGAUCAUUUUUAAUUCUUUUUUUAAAAAAAAACAACAUAAAUAUAUUACUUGCUCCUAUGUUGUCCAAGAAGUCCCUGUCUUUUAGCUCUAGUUCUCUAGUACCUUCUCCACUAACAUUCCUCAUCCCUGUUCCUUCAUUCCUCUUUUUUUCUCUCCUUCUGUCACUUUAUUGGUCUUUCUACAUCUCAGCCUCUUUCAGGUUGAGCUAAGAGAGAAAGAAAAAAAAAAGGAGGAAAAGGAGACAGGGUGUCCGUGAUGAUCGUGCUGUGUGAGGCUUGUUCGUGUUGUACAUAGUUCUGAUGGAGUCUCUCAUGACUCUGUACCAUAGUAAGGAGCAUUAUUAAAUGUUAAACAAUCCCAUUACAGGAAAUGAAAUUGUAAAACAAAUGGAGAAAAAAAAUAUGAAUAUUAACAUUUUGCUAAAUAAGUGAAAAGAUUUAUACAAAUAAGCUCUACAUUUGUAUCUAUUUCUCUCAGUAUAUGAAUAAAUAGAUGUUCAAAUAAAC